AUGUUUCCAAAUAUAGAUUUAGGGAAAUUACCACCAAAAAGUGAUGAUAUUGAUGAAAUGUUAGAAAUUGAACAUGAAAUGAUAGUUAAUGCACUCACAUAUUUUCCAAAUUCUUUUAAUUUUAAUAUUGAACCUAAUUCAGAAAAACACACAAUAACAAUUAAAGGGUCAUAUUGGGACGUUGGAUGUAAAAUUGGUUUAACCGUUUGUGGAUGGAAAAAUGGUUUUUACAAAGACUGCUUGUUUUCUCCUGACGAAUCAAAUUUCGAAAAGACAUUUUCUUAUAUUGAAGAUGGAUAUUACGAUGCAUUAAUAAUUAAAGACGAUCUCAUUAAAAGAAAAGAAGCUGUUUAUAUUGGAAAACCAAUUAAAUUUAAAGUAACUCAAUGUUUAAUUGAUGCAGUUGACAUAGAACUUGAACGAGCAAAAGAAACUAGUUGUAUUGUUAUUUAUCAAGACUCAACAAUUAUUAAAACAAAAAGAGUUCUUGUUGGAACAACAAAACUUAGAAUAAAAUUAAAUAAAAAACAUAACACUAAACAUAUUUAUGUCUUUAAAUAUUACCAAAAUUGCUUUACUCGUAUUGAUAAAGAUGUCCCAUAUAAUGCAUUAGAAAUAAUAACUCUCUAA